AUGUUGGCAAGAACGGAUUAUACCCACAAGAACCCCAUCUUCCCCCUUUUCCCAAGAGGAGAGCGACUGGCUAAGACACUGAGCCUGUCAAAAGCGCAGCUGUCCGCAUUUGCUACCUCGUGCAGUCUUUCGGAGCCUGCAACGUCACCUUUUCCAACACCAAGCACUUGGUUUAUUGCGCCAAACAUGACAAGAAGUAAAAGGGGGGCAACAACUAAUCGCGGUGGCGUUCAGGUACCGCCAUUCCCAUAUGUUCUCGCUAGGCUCCGUCACACAAAGGUCACCAAUAUCUCUCGCCUGAUGUCUCUCCGUCAGUCUUGGGGUCCAUCUGCAAAAUCACUGGACGUGACGAAAACAAUGUACCGCUUGGCAACGGAGUCCACCUCCCAAGACCCCAAGACCGUAGGCGGGAAGGGAGCUCAAUAUGACAAUAGCAAAGGAAGGGCGGCCGAACGCCACUUCCCGCGUGGCCGUCGCCAGGGUCAGUCUGUUCAAGCCGCAACCAACCACAGGCCUCGGGGCCGCGCCGCUGGUACCGAUCCCUCGACAUCCCCGUGGUCCCCCUUCUUCCGCUCGCGGGGCGCUUUUAAAGCCUUGCCAUCUUCCGUCACCGAUUGGCAGAUGUCCAAAAUGAAAUGA